AUGGGGAUUCUGAAAGCUGUGGUCACAUUAGCAUCCAUGGCGGUUUUUGUUCAUGUCAUGCUGCAGAAAUACAGCCACAUGCUGAAUGGUGAUCGUCCUUUCAAUCUGGCUGAACAUUUUGGCAGAUUCAGACAGAACAAGAAGCCGCCCGCCAAGCGAUUAGAUGACGUGUGCGGCAUGCAAAGCUGUCCAAAGGAUCAGUUCAGCUUCUUCAUCUUUAAAGGAGCUGCUAAGGCAGUGGCACCACAGAUCUGCAUCAACAACAAGCUGGUUCUUGGCAAGCCAUUGAACAAUGCUGGCAGUGGAGUAAACGUUGUUGUCGUACAUGGGAGAACAGGACAAGUUGUCAAGACUGGAAACUUCAACAUGAAGAACGGUGAUGAUGAAAGUCUCAUUGAUUUUCUCUGGAGCAUUGAGCAAGGCUCUGCUGUGCUGAUGGCCUCCUAUGAUGAUCCUGCCACAAAUGAAAUGGCUGGUCACCCGUCCGACUGGUUAAGUGAUGAAGCCAGAGAUCUGAUUGGUGAACUGGGAAGCUCUGCCGUCCACUCACUCUCCUUCAGAGACAACUGGGUGUUUGCUGGAGGAAAAAGCGCCAGGACCAACUAUGAGAAGACCGGACUUGGUGAAGCUCUGGCUAGAGUGGAGAGUCUGGAGCGCAAGGACAGGAACAGCAUGAUCCGGGUGUGA